AUGUCAGGGUUUUGUCUCUUCAAGCAGUUCUCCACCUUCCCCCUCUCCGAACUCAGCUCAGCAACCAACCCAACCCAGUCCCCCCCGCACUCCCCCUCACUCAACCCAUCCAGCCAUCCUCAGCCUCAGCUGCUGCUCAACUUCAACUCCACCUACUUCUUCUCCCCCUCCUCGAUCUACCACAAGUUCCUCCACACCUUUCAGCCACACCGGAAGCCAUUCGGAAUCAUCGGAAUCCUCUUGCUGGCCACUCAUCAUCCCAGAACGCCAGUCGGGAGAUGCUUUGGUUUCUAUCCAACCGACAACCAGCGCGAUAACGUCGAAGGAUUGGUCCUCAUACCUCAUGUUGGCGAUCAAAAGUUUUAUCUCCAACGCCUGAUUACCGAAUUCGCCUCCGAUCUCAUCCGAUCUUUUGAACAUCUCUCAGCUGUUCUCCAAUCGACCUCAAGUUUAGAAACUCCAAGACAAUCCUAUAAUUCAGCUCUGUUUGAUUCGAUCCCAAUCUUACCACCUCUGCAUUUGAUCCCAAAUCCAGCACUACCCACUCCACCCGAUCAAGCCCCAGCUGGCAUGUCUCAAUCCCAAGCAUCAUCCUCAAAAUUGGCUGCCCCCAAGGCUCGUCAACCGAUGGCGUACAUGCUGAGCGACUUGAAGCUUUCAUCUGAACCAGUUCCUGCUCGUGGUACGCGCCCAGAGGAGCCCACUCAAUCUACCUCGGUCCCCCCUGCAGUCAACAAUCGACUAUUAAAUAGCGAGAACCGGAGUCCUGCCUCAUUCUCUCCUCCUCCAAUCGACUCACGAGUCCGUAAAAAGCAUAUCGGUCGGAUCAGAAAGGUAGAAGCUGAUCUAGAACUUCUGGCUGCAAAACCAAUCAAUGCGCUCAAGAUCUAUAACGAAGCCAUCGGUCAUCUCAAAUCAGCCAGCGACUAUGUAUGGUGGGCUGCAGCACUCGAAGGACUGGCAGUCGCCAAGAUGCUUUCAUUACUUGCUGGUCUGGUGAUCGAAAAUGGCGUACAAGAAAUUCUAGACGACUUGGAACUAGCCAUUGAAACGUAUUCCAAAGCCCUCUCAAGAUCAUUUGAUGGGACGUUGAUCCAUGGAAAUCCAGAAUCUGUCGAGCCUUUGGUAUUCGUGGAAUCAGUCAUACGACUCUUGGAUUUCAAACUUGAGCUGAUUGAGCUACGAGAAUCGCCAGUUGAACGUACAGAUGGGGAGCUAUUGCGAAUGCUUUUGGGGAACCAUCUCGCCCCGCGUCGCAAAGCCGACCAUCUCAAGCCGUCCUCUCUGGAAGUCCGUUUAGACAUCAACCGAAUCGGAUCCCUGGUGGAAUUGGCCGUUGAUGGAUUACGCUAUGCAGAGGACCGAAUUCGCGCGCUAAGCAAAUUAGUAGGCGUGUUUGAGACGAUCGGCUUUAUGAGGAAGGCAACCUGGUUCAAACGGGAAUUGGUCGGUGUAGUUGUGGAACAGAUCGGCAAAUUUCGUGGAUCAAUCCCACUACCGGGUCGCCAGGAGCUGGUCAAGCUGGUUGAGGAAGUGUGCAGGUCGUUUCGGGUUCCUAUCGACAAGCUGGGUCAUCAACCUGUCGUGAUUGAUCAUCGCAUCGGCGGGAUUGAUCAAGCUCAAGCAGGAUGGAAAGAGCUUCAGCUUGGAAUCUUGAUGGACGCAGUGAUAGCUUGCAGUCAAUUGGAUGAAAACUUCAGCGAAUUGAAGUUUCGACUGAAGCUGAACGAGUUCCUUGAUCAUCAGGGAUUACAUGACCUUGAGAUCAAAGAUGAUGAUAGAAGGAUAAAUUGGUUGUUCAAGUCUCUCUCCCAUCCAUCGCUAGACUAUUGGGGGCCAAGGGAGAUCAUCCUGACGCUGGAGCUUGUUCCAUUGUCCAAUCGGCACGCACUCACGCCGUAUCACAAACGCCCGCUCGUACAGACAGAUUCUCACGCCGGGACAGCCCAGAUACCAUUGCCAACGUUUUAUUACAACCACAAUCGCACACCCACCGGCAUGGGGAAAGACAAGGCGCUUCCUUUAAAGAUGGUUCAAGAUGAACCGAUCAAUGUCUUGGUCACUUUACAGAACCCCAUGUCAAUCGACCUGGAAAUAUUGAUGAUUAGUUUAAGUACGAUUGGAAUACCGUUUGAAGCAGUGAAAACGCAGACUGUGGUCAAGUCCCGCACGGUAAAGACGGUGGCAUUGUCCGGGGUUCCGUUGUCGAGUGGGACUUUAAAGAUCAAAGGAUGCCAUGUGCAGUUGAUCGGGUGCGACGAGCCUCAAGAGUUCAUACUACCGGUUGGAAAGCCGAAAUGGAACAGAAAAGACGAAGACGAAUUACUGAGCUGUGAAGUGGUUGACGGCUUGCCGUUUUUGAGGAUCGUCAGUGGCUGCGAGGAACUGGCUGGGGGUGGUGGGGUGAUGGUCUAUGAUGGCGAGGUGGUAACGAUCGAAAUCAAGGUCAUGAAUAGCUCUAAAGUGAGGGCGGAUUGGGUCGAUGUGGCCGUGCAAGAUAGUUUGAGUGACCAGAUGAAGAAGUUACUAGACGACCCACAAAGUAAUCACCACACAAUCUAUGAGCGAUACCAACUGGAAUAUGAACUCGUGCACCGGCCAGUGCUGAGUGUCACAUGGACCGAGUCGAUCGAUCCUCUUGAGACGGGCUGGGUCAGAUUGAAGUGUUUGGGUAAGGCUGGCUGCCGGUCAGUGGGCGUGAGGAUCGAGUACGAUGUGGAUGGUGGAUUAAAUCUGAAAAGACAUCUCGAAUGGAGUAUUGGCUUGUCUGUUCAGAAAUCUCUCAACAUUGUUGGAUUCGAAAGCUUGCCUGGUGGUAUGCUUGUCAUCAAAGUCCAAAAUUCGGCUCAAGGCGGACAGGUGUUCGAGGUGGAAGCUAAAGGUGGCAAAGACGACUCCCAAUCAUUUAUCAAAAAUAGCCAGAAACAAGUUAUCCAACCCGGCUCAACUCACGCGUUUUUGAUCGAGAUCGAACCGGUCCAAGUCACUCAACUCGAUUCUGAAAAAUCGAUCCCUUGCUUGAUUGAUCGUCAAUUUGUUGUCGCCCAUCACAAAUACAACAAAAACGUCAAUGACACUGUCGAUGAUGGUGGUGUGAAUGGACCAGCUCAUAAGGAUCGCAAUCAUAGGCGCUUAUCAAAGGAGAAGGUGGCGCAUGCGGAGCUGUUAAAGUUUUGGAUCAAGGAUCGACUUCUGAAUACUAUCAAGAUGGAGUGGCGCGAAGUUGGAACAAACAAGACGGGCGAAAUCAGUUUAAGAGGAGUCCAAGUCGAUCAACAGAUGGUCGCCAAUUUGAGGGCUCAUGAGGUUUCCGUUCAAUUGAGUGUUCUCAGUGAAGAUCUUGGUCACAGCAAUGAGGAUCAGCUCGAUCACCCUGCUCGAUCUUCCCUGAGACCUGAAGCUUCACUCGAAACCGAUCGGUUUUAUUCGGUCUUUAUCAAGAUCAAAAACCAAUCAGGGAUGAAGAGGAAAGUCGAUUGUUUGGUGAAAGUGAUGCGAUUAGACGGGACGAUCAUCGAGUCUACAAGCCAUACAACAGGUGAUGAAAGCGAGUCGCCGAUCUAUCUGAUUGAGGGUGUCGCUCAGGACCAGGACCGCCACGACGAUCCUCUUCCUGCUCCCCCUCCUCAUCAUCAGGACAACUAUGGAGGGUCGAGGACAGUGAUGUUGGGCGAAAAUGACGCGAAUGAUGAUGGACACCUUCUGGUCGAGAUGAAGAUGUGCUUCUUGACGCGCGGCGCGUUCUUGCUUCAGGCCGUGGCACUUGACGCGUUCUCUCCUGGUCAUCAUCGCGACUAUCCUCUUGGGACCUCUGAUACCAUCCAUUUAGUUAUCUCUUAA